AUGGUGUUGGAAAAUUUACUGAAAUUCCUCAUGACUCAUUCUACAAUCACUGAGGAUAUUCCUGUUUCUACUUAUUUUGUUCCUCUUACUUAUGACAUUGACAUUAGUCAGCAUCCCAAUGAGCCUAUAACUUCACCCAAAUCACCAUCACUUCUUACUUAUCAUAGACGCAAUAAUCGUCCCACUGCAGUUCCAGAUAAUGGUGAGGCUUUAUCCCAUUUUGGGUGGUGUCAAGCAAUGAUGAAUGAAAUGGCUGCUCUUGACUCGAAUGCUACUUGGGAGUUGGUUCCUCUCCUACUUGAUAAAUCAGCUGGGGAGCCACUUAAAGAUUCUGGAAAGUAUCAAAGGCUGGUGGGACGAUUGAACUAUCUUACAGUAACACAGCCUAACAUAUCUUUUCCUGUCUCAGUUAUUAGUGAAUUUUUGGACUCCCCGAGUGAUACUCAUUGGAAUGCAACAAUUCGCAUUCUUAGAUAUAUCGAAGGAGCACCCGGCCAAGGAUUGUUGUAUACUGAUAGAGGAAACAUGCAAGUAAUUGGUUACUCUAAUACAAAUUGGGCAGGAUCACCUAUUGAUCGUCAUUCUAUCAUAGGGUAUUGUAUUCUGGUUGGUGGCAACUUAAUAUCUUUUAAAAGUAAAAAGCAAGCUGUGACUACUAGAUUUAGUGCUGAGAAUGAAUAUCAAGCUAUGGCUAUGGCUACAUAUGAACUAAUAUGGCUUAAACAAUUGUUGAAUAAAUUGAAUUUAGGGACUCAUGGUCUAAUGAAGUUGGUUUACGAUAAUCAAUUUGCAUUGCACAUUGCCUCCAAUCCAGUCUUUCAUGAGAGGAAAGCAAAUUGA